CCUAGAAAUCAAUAUUAUUGACCAGCAUUUUACGCCGAGUGUGGAACGUUGUACGCCCGUUUUAUCUAGGCGCAACACAAACGCCGUCAUCUCGAUUGUCAACAAGACGUCUGUCUCUACGACUGUAAUUCUGCGCGCACAAUGGCCGUCGACGCCCCGCGCAAGUGUUCGAGCAAGGACUGCGAGAAGGAUGCGGGCGCGUUGCAAUGUCCCAACUGCCAGAAAGUAGGCAAGGAGAGCUACUUCUGCUCCCAAGACUGCUUCAAGCGAAACUGGGGCGAGCACAAGAAAGAACAUAAGUCUCAAAGUAGUAUUCUCCAAAACCUCUUCCCGCCCAAAGUAGUUUCUCACCCGGAUCCAGCGACUGGCCUCUUCAACCCGUUUCCUGCGUUUCCGUACACCGGAGCCUUGCGACCCGUCUACCCUCUGUCGCCUAAAAGAGAGAUUCCAAGUAGCAUAAAGCACCCAGACUAUUCGAAGGAUGGCGUACCGCGCUCAGAGCAGGUGUUUGCCAACAGAAACAAGAUCGCCAUCUUGAACAAGGAGGAGCAGGAGGCCAUGCGUAAGGUUUGCCGUAUGGGGAGAGAGGUCCUCGAUAUUGCUGCGCGGGCGGCGAAACCUGGCGUUACGACCGACUACAUUGACGAGGUUCUCCACAAGGCUUGCAUUGAACGCGAUGCUUACCCAUCACCUCUCAACUACGUAAAUUUCCCCAAGUCUGUCUGCACAUCGGUUAACGAAGUCAUCUGCCACGGGAUUCCGGAUAAGCGCGUGCUGCAAGAUGGCGACAUCCUCAACAUCGACGUGUCCCUCUACCACGGCGGCUUCCACAGCGAUCUGAAUGAGACAUACUACAUUGGUGACAAGGCACUGGCAAACCCUGACGCAGUGCGCGUGACGGAAGCGGCGCGAGAGUGCCUGGAGAAGGCCAUCGAAAUCGUCAAGCCAGGCACACUCUUCCGCGAGUAUGGCAACGUUAUUGAGAAGCACGCAAAAAGCAAGGGUUGCAGUGUCAUCAGGACAUACUGCGGGCACGGGAUCAAUUCGCUUUUCCACUGCGCUCCUAAUGUACCUCAUUAUGCGAAGAAUAAGGCGAUUGGGCAGGCCAAACCAGGAAUGUGCUUCACCAUUGAACCUAUGAUUAGUGUUGGCUCACACAGAGACAAGACAUGGCCGGAUGACUGGACAAGUGUAACCCAGGAUGGUUCUCUCACGGCGCAGUUCGAACACACUCUGCUGGUAACCGAGGAUGGUGUUGAGGUCCUGACUGCGAGAUUGCCUGAUUCGCCAGGUGGUCCAGUCGCCAUACCGACACCAGCGAUCACCGAAGCAGCUGCAUCUACUUGAACCAUAUAAGUAGAUUCGGGGGAUCAUCGGCGACAUAGAUAAGGCGAAUCUACAUGCGCCUGGGUGGGUAGAAGAAGCACACGUACAGGCCCUCUGGAGAUACUCAUGGUAGGAGUUGCUGUACCAAAUCGGAAAGCGGAUAGAUUACUGCAAGUCGGUUGUCAUCAUCCUGAGUGACGUGGUGGAGGCCGUAGUAUUUGAGACUUAGGCCUUUGAACUCUGAAAUCAAAGGUAGCGCUAUUUGGUACGAAAACAACUGGUUAGGUGCCUGUUGGAUGGUACGAAUAAAUAAGUUUCUGUCUGACCGUGUACCGCUUGUCUGUUUCCAGCAGGAACGUAACACAUGUCAG